AUGGCGGGCGCGAAGCUGCUCUGGAGAGCCGCUCUCGUUGCCGUGGUCGCUCUGGCGGGCAUGGUGUGCGGCGCGAGCGCGCAGCUCCGGCAGAACUACUACGGCAGCAGCUGCCCGAGCGCGGAGUCGACGGUGCGGUCGGUGAUCUCGCAGCACGUGCAGCAGAGCUUCGCCGUGGCGCCCGGCACGCUCCGCCUCUUCUUCCACGACUGCUUCGUGCGGGGAUGCGACGCGUCGGUGAUGCUGAUGGCGUCCAACGGGGACGACGAGAGCCACAGCGGCGCGGACGCCACGCUGUCGCCGGACGCGGUGGAGGCCAUCAACAAGGCCAAGGCAGCCGUGGAGGCGCUCCCGGGGUGCGCCGGCAAGGUCUCCUGCGCCGACAUCCUCGCCAUGGCCGCGCGCGACGUCGUCUCCCUGACCGGCGGUCCGAGCUACGGCGUGGAGCUGGGGCGGCUGGACGGCAGGACGUUCAACAGGGCCAUCGUGAAGCACGUCCUCCCCGGCCCGGGGUUCGACCUCAACCAGCUCAACACUUUGUUCGCCAGCAAUGGCCUCACCCAGUUCGACAUGAUCGCGCUCUCAGGUGCGCACACAAUCGGGGUGACGCACUGCGACAAGUUCGUGCGCCGGAUCUACACCUUCAAGCAGCGCCUCAAGUACAACCCGCCGAUGAACCUCGACUUCCUGCGGUCGCUGCGCAAGGUGUGUCCCAUGAACUACACACCCACGUCGUUCGCGAUGCUGGAUGUCUCCACGCCCAAGACCUUCGACAACACCUACUUCGACAACCUCCGCUACAACAAGGGCGUGCUCGCCUCCGACCAGGUUCUGUUCACCGACCGCCGCUCCCGCCCCACUGUCGAGCGCUUCGCCGCCAAUUCCACCUUCUUCAACGAGGCUUUCGUCGCAGCCAUGGCCAAGCUGGGAAGGAUCGGGGUCAAGACCGGCAGCGACGGCGAGGUGCGCAAGGUGUGCACCGCCGUGAACUAGGACUAGGUAGCAUUGUGUUCGGUCGUGCGUUUGAACGUGCGUGUGAGUGUUAGCUGGGUUACUUGGUAGGUUUGUGACAGGAGGGAGACUACAUGUAAUGCCGCGCAGAUGCAGGGUGUAUUUUGUGCUUCUUCUGUGUGUGUUCAUACGUUUUUGUGGUGGGAUUAUGUUAACCAUUCUUUUGA